AUGACCCCAACCAAGGAGUCAACCGGAACACCAUUCAAGUACCAGCUUAACACGCGACACGACCAGGAGCAAGCCCACGCAGCGGAAGCGGCAUCCAGGCAGGUCUCCUCCUCCGCCACCACCGCCACGACCACCACCACCAGGUUCAACACCGAAUAUGUCGCCGUUGCGAGGGAUGGCCGUCUCUCCUCCAAGGAUACCACGUACGCCGCCCCGGACAGUGAGGCCGAGCCGGUAGCCCACCCGACCUUCCUCCAGCCGCGCGUGGCCGCCGUGCUGGGCGUCUCCGAGUGGUGGCACCCCGUGCUGUUCUCCCUGCGCCUGCUGUCCAUCCUGCCGUCCAUAUACCUAUGCUUUCCCGUCGCCAUCCGCUUCCUGCUCAAGCUACACUCGUUCGCCACCUCGGACGGCGACGGCGACGGCGCGGGCGCCGCGCAGGGGCGGUCGCCCGGCGAGGACAGGCUGCUCCUGACCGAGACCAUGCUUGCUAUCGUCUGGUGCGGCUGCUCUGGGUACCUUUCCUUCUUCUUCACGGACUGCCUCAUGUCCAGGUGGCUCGUGAACUAUACACCCUCUGCGACAGCCUUCCGCCUGGUCUCCGUCUCCGCCCUGAACGGGUACCUACAAUCAUGGACCCUUGACCUAAGUGGCAGCUCGCAGGACCCUUUUCUACUGCUGCCGACCUGGAUAAUCAUCACGAGUACGCUCACGUUCGUAUACCACAUAACGCAGCGCAAGAUCAACAUCCUCAAGGAGACAUCAACCUCGAUCAGCGUCUUCUCCAUGGCGAGCUACAUCAGCAUGGUCGCCCUCUUGAUACAGCAGCACUGGGACCGGGAUUGGUUCGAUUUGCCAUUUGUUGCGUUGGGAUACAGGUUGUUGCGUCAGGGCGGGGAGUUGGUGGUCAGCGUGGCCAAUUUCGCAAACAUCACACUGGAACCUUGA